AUGGCUGCCGUGGAGAAUGGUCACCCCGUGACGGACGAGAAUGCCGUCCCUGCGGUCUCCGCCUCGACGGACGAGGUCACCGUCUUCCAUGACCCCGAGAACUUCAACGUGAAGCACCCUCUCAUGCACGAGUGGACUCUUGGAAAGGGCGAUAACUGGAACGACCUGCUCAAGGAAGUCGUCACAUUCAACUCCGUCGAAGAAUUCUGGGGCAUCUACAACAACAUCACCCCCACCUCCGAACUCGGCCUCAAAGCCGACUACCACCUCUUCAAGAAGGGCGUACGACCCGAAUGGGAAGAUCCCCAGAACAAGCACGGCGGCAAAUGGUCAUACCAAUUCAAAGACAAGCGCUCCGUCCCCAUCGACGACCUCUGGCUACACGCACAGCUCGCCGCCAUCGGCGAGACCCUCGAGCAAGACGCCGACAACGAAGUCAUGGGCGUGGUGGUCAACGUGCGCAAGGGCUUCUACCGAGUCGGCCUGUGGACCCGCACCGUCGGCAAGAGCAUCCAGGGCGACAAGAGCACCCGCACACCCGCGCAGGGCAAGGAUAUCCUCGAGGCAAUCGGUCGUCGGUUCAAGGAGGUUCUCCGUCUCAAGGAGGCGGAUGUGGUCGAGUUCUCUGGACACACUGACUCUGCGCACAGUGGUAGCACCCGUGCCAAGGCCAAGUACACUGUCUAG